AUGGGGAACAUCUGCGGCGGGAAGGAUCGGGUGGCCGAGGAUUUUAGGCCGUCUAGCCCAGGGACGACAAUGACCUCCAAGACGAGCGGCAGCAUAACCACCAGCCAGAGCACCACGGGGAAACUCUCCUCCGUGAGCAGCAGCUUCAUGGCGUCCGCCGGCAGCCGCAGCACCAGCGGCGGGUUCGUCGACGAGGGGGCCAAGUACCCCGACGGCCAGAUCCUGGAGGCGCCCAACCUCCGCACCUUCACAUUCAUGGAGCUCAAGACGGCCACCAAGAACUUCCGGCCGGACAGCGUCCUCGGUGAAGGGGGGUUCGGGAGAGUCUACAAAGGGUGGGUGGAUGAGAAGACCAUGGCCCCGACCAGGAACGGCACCGGCAUAGUUGUUGCCGUCAAGAAGCUCAAUUCGGAGAGCAUGCAGGGCUACGAGGAAUGGCAGUCGGAGAUAAAUUUUCAAGGAAGGCUCUCCCAUCCGAACCUAGUGAAGCUCUUGGGCUACUGCUGGGAGGACAAGGAACUUCUUCUCGUGUAUGAAUUCAUGGCCAAAGGGAGCUUGGAAAACCAUCUAUUCAGGAGAGGAUGCGCCCCGCUGUCUUGGGAACUGAGGCUGAAGAUAGCCAUUGGUGCAGCUCGAGGACUUGCAUUCUUGCACGCAUCAGAAAAGCAAGUAAUCUACCGUGAUUUCAAAGCGUCUAACAUCCUUUUAGAUGCGAACUAUAACGCAAAGCUCUCUGAUUUUGGCCUUGCCAAGCUUGGGCCAACUGGUAGCAACUCACAUAUCACAACCAGGGUGAUGGGAACAUAUGGCUAUGCAGCUCCAGAGUACAUAGCAACCGGCCAUUUGUACGUGAAGAGCGACGUGUACGGCUUCGGCGUGGUGAUGCUGGAGAUGCUGUCCGGGCAGCGGGCACUGGACCCGAACCGUCCGAGCGGGCAGCUGAGCCUGGCCGACUGGACGAAAGCCGUACCUGGCCGACCGCCGGAAGCUGGCCCGGCUCAUGGACCCGCGGUUCGAGGGGCAGUACAACUCGAAGCAGGCGUUCCAGGCGGCACAGCUGACGCUCAACUGCCUGGCCGGCGAGCCCCGGAGCCGGCCGUCGAUGAAGGAGGUGGUGGAGACGCUGGAGCAGAUCGAGUCGAUGAAGAGCCGGGCGCGGGAGGCACGCGGCGGCGGAUCGUCGCGGGACCGGCACCACGGCCGCACCGGCGCGGCGCACCAGCGGUCGCCGCGCGCCAGUGGCGAGCCCCGCGGCCGUGGCGCGUCCAGGGCCGCCAAUGGCCACGCCGGCAGGGCUGCGCGGUGACACUACUCCGGCAGUGA